AUGGCAUUGAAGGCCUCCAGCAAACAGCGAGUGAGGGACGGUGCUCAAGCAAGCAACAAGGGUCGGGACCUUCAGCAAGCAUCGAGGGACGGGGCCUCUAGCAAACAGAGAGGGACAAGCCUCCAGCAAGCGGUGAGGAUAGGGAGCCUCCAGCAAGCAGCGAGGGUAGGGAGCUUACUGCAAGUAGCGGGGGGUAAGGAGCCUACUGCAAGCACCAAGGAUAGGGGGCCUCCAGUAAGCAGUGAGGGUAGAGAGCCUAUAGCAAGCACCAAGGGUAGGGGGCCUCCAGUAAGCAGUGAGGGUAGAGAGCCUAUAGCAAGCACCAAGGGUAGGGGGCCUCCAGUAAGCAGUGAGGGUAGAGAGCCUAUAGCAAGCACCAAGGGUAGGGGGCCUCCAGUAAGCAGCGAGGGGUAG